AUGCGACACUCAACAACUCAACUCCUCUCCCUAUCCCUUGGCCUUCUACUGGGCUCAAGUGAAGCAGCAUCGAUACCACGCAAAGAGACCUGCACCAAAGCCAAAGUUGUAAUUCUGGGUGCUGGUGUAGCUGGUAUCACAGCUGCCCAAACCUUACACAAUGCGUCCAUCCACGACUUUAUCAUCCUUGAGCACAAUGACUACAUAGGAGGCCGUAUGAAACAUACCACCUUCGGAAAGUCCUCCGACGGUACGCCUUUCACUGUCGAGCUCGGUGCGAACUGGAUCGAAGGUCUACAAAAUCCCUCAGGCGAGAUCAACCCAAUAUGGCGUUUCGCUGAGAAGCACAAAGUGAAGAAUACGUAUUCUAAUGAUAGUGCGAUCAUCACUUACGAUGAAACUGGAGCUUCCGAUUACACUGAUCUGAUUGACCUCUUUGACGAGAAGUUUGAGAUCGCUUCGCAGGAUGCUGGCUAUAUCUUCACCGAGAAUCUCCAAGAUACAUCAACUCGCGCUGGUCUCAGCCUGGCUGGCUGGAAACCAAAGAAGGACAUGAAGAUGGCUGCUGCUGACUGGUGGGGCUGGGAUUUUGAGACGGCUUAUUCUCCAGAAGAAAGUGGCUUCGUGUAUGGUGUCGCUGGAAACAAUGCUACCUUCAAGCAUUUCAGCGACGAGACCAAUCUUGUCAUCGAUCAGCGGGGCUACAAUGCUUGGCUGGUUGGAGAAGCGAACGAGUUCCUCAAGAAGAACGACCCAAGACUUCGUCUAAAGACUACAGUCAAAAAGAUCGAGUACACCACCAAAGGCGUCAAGAUCGACACCAACAACGGGUGCGUCGAAGCAGACUACGCCAUCUGCACCUUCUCCGUCGGCGUCCUCCAGAAUGACGCCGUUGACUUCAAGCCUACACUUCCCCGCUGGAAAAGAGAGGCCAUUCAGGUCUUUCAGAUGGGUACCUAUACGAAGAUAUUCAUGCAGUUUAACGAGACAUUUUGGCCCGAGGACACACAGUACUUCCUCUACGCCGACCCAGAGCAACGCGGCUACUACCCAUUGUUUCAGUCGCUCAGUACACCGGGCUUUCUGCCAGGAUCGAAUAUUCUGUUUGGCACAGUUGUGCAACAGCAAGCUUACGAAGUUGAGCAACAGUCGGAUGAAAAGACCAAGAAGGAAAUCAUGGAGGUGCUACGCUCUAUGUUCCCCGAUAAGGAUGUUCCCGAGCCCACUGCAUUUAUGUAUCCCCGCUGGAGUAUGGAAGAGUGGUCGUACGGGUCCUACAGUAACUGGCCUGUCGGUAUGACGCUUGAGAAACAUCAGAACCUCCGUGCGAAUGUAGAUCGAUUGUGGUUUGCCGGGGAGGCUAAUUCUGCCGAAUUCUUCGGGUACUUGCAUGGCGCUUACUUUGAAGGGCAGGAGAUUGCUGAACGAAUUACGAGGAUAUUGAAGGGCGAGGAGUCAGAGCAGUCACAACAGAUGAAGAGGUACAAGACGUUACGUGGAACAACAGAAUUGGAAGAGCACGACUCUGCCAAUGGAUGGUCGACUCCUCUCGACGAUUAG